GAACGGUAAAUUAUUGACCUAUUUGAAUACUCUUUUGUAAUGGAUAUUUUAACUUUCCAUUAUAUUUUAGAAAAUUUAUUAAAGUUUGACAGAAACAAAUGUUGCACUUUUUUUAUUGGACCAUUUUAUAACGUCGGAUCCCAAGUUGAUACUCAAAUUUUUAAACUGGGUUUAAAAACCCAAUAUUUCAUCGUACACGGGCAUAAAAUAAAAAGAAUUUAUAACAUUCGUUGCUGUCAUUGCGUGACGAAUCCACGGUCAUUCUAUCUUACCCAACAGUCAAAAAAAAUUAUUUUGUUUCACCUAAAGCUUUUUGAAAAUGAUGGAUUUCAGCGUGAUGGACUGCCGUCUUUUUUUUUCAAAUCUUCGCGACUAACUCCAAUGAUUAUUCCAAAAAGAUUUACAAUUGCACCUUUACGCUGCAAUACUUUCCAUUCAGACAUUUUUUGUAAAGAGAUGGUCUCAAAGACAUGGAGAUUAUAUCCAUUUAAAAUGGAAAUUUUAAAAAAUAUAGAGGCCAAUCGAGUUUUGGUAAUUAAUGGUGACGUGAGCUUGGAAAAAUCUACUGCAGUUCCAUUAACAAUAGUCGAAGAAUGCCUUGCGAAGGAUUCUUACUGCAAAAUUAUAUGUUUAGAGUCAGAUAAUUUAACGGCCAUACUAAAUAGCACUUUCAUAGCUGAUCAUUUAAACGAAAAAAUUGGUGGGAGAGUGGGAUUCCAGGUGUACCUUCAAAGUCGUGUUUGUGACAACACUAACAUUAUAUACACUACAGCAUUUUUUUUUCUGCGAGUUUUGAUGGGACAGGAUUCUAAAAACAGCUUUCGUUAUAUAUCUCACGUUAUUAUCUCAGAUGUUCACUUGCACCAUGCUUACAAAGAUAUUUUCCUGAAGGAGCUAAAAAACAUACUACCACACUACCCUUUUAUUAAAAUCAUACUUCUUUCGGAUACCAGUGACAACAGAAAUUUUCUUUCUUAUUUUGGUGAAGGACAAGAAAUUUGUCUUAACAUCAAAUUAAACAAACUAUCUUUAUAUCACCUGGAUGAAAUAAUCGAAUUAAUCCAACAAAACCAGCUCCAAACAAAAUCAGUAGUAGAAGAAAUAUUUUCGUCGAGAGACAUUAAAAAUAACACAAUUGCAAAUAAUGCUCUUGAAUAUUACAAUGCAGUGGGAGAUGAAAAAGCAUUAAAAAGUUUUAUGUAUUUGGUAAAAUGUAAUGAAAUUUCUAUUGACUAUCAUCAUGCAAACGAUAGCUAUACAGCCCUCAUUGCUGCUGUUAAACACGAUGACACUAUUCAGGUUACAUGGCUUUUAACAAGAAAAAAUGCGAACUCAUUCAAUCAAGAUACAUUCAAAAUAAAUGCAUUAGAAUAUGCUAUUUCUAUAAACAGUUACAACUGUGUUAGAGCGAUAACUGAUGAUAUUUAUAAGUGCGACCUUAAGCCACCACCUGUCGACUUUGACUUGAUAAUAAAACUAAUUCACUUAGCUACCACCCACUGGACUCUUGGAAAUAUUCUCGUCUUCCUUCCUUCAUAUGAUCAUUUGCUGAAACUGAAGUAUGCAAUUCUUAAAACUCAAUUUUUAGGCAAAAUACAAGAAAAAAUAUAUAUCCAGCUAAUUUAUCCCUGCAUGCAACCAGAGCAAUUACAAAAGAAUUUACUUAUUAGAGAAACAGGCAAAAUAAUUUUAGCUACUGAAAUCGCUGAACAUUUUUCAAAUUUAAACGACAUUACAUAUGUCAUAGAUUCUGGUCAAAUUGUCAGACAGAAAUAUUAUUCCGAAUUCAAAUGCAAUAAGUAUGUAAAUGAAUGGGUUUCCCUGGAAAGCUUGAAAAGGAGAUCUCUUAUCGCAAGUCGAUUCACUGAUGGGUUUUGCUUUCGAUUGGUUUCACAAAAAAUAUAUAACAAACUACGGCCAACAUGUCCACCUGAACUUCAUUACAUUCCAAUCAAUCGUUUAUCUCUGACAGUAAAACUUUUAAGUCCUUGUAGUGUGGUUACACAUUAUUUUGAAGAUACGAUAAUAAAGCCGCCAGCUGAAAACAUUGCACAAGGUAUAACAUUUUUGAAAAACAUUGAAUUUUUUGAUACAAAUUUGGAACUGACGUGGUUAGGAAGUCGCUUAGUUGACAUACCGAUAGAACUAGAACUUAGCAAAUCUCUUGUGCUAUCAAUUUUGCUUAAAUGUCUUGACCCGGUCCUUACAAUAGUAAGUUUUUUAACAUACAGCAGUAGUUCAAAACUGUUUAAACACAAAAGUACCGAUGAUAAAUCCGAGUUAUUUGAAGAGUUUCGUGACUGUUUUUCUGAUUACUUAAAAUUUUUGCGAUUAUACCAAACUUGGCAGGAUGAAAAACGUACAAAAAUUACAAGUGAUAUCAUUAGUGAUGAAAAAACCUUUAUAUUAAAUGGUGUUUUAGAGAAUGUGUGUGAAAUACGAACAAAUUUGGUAGGUGCACUACGUUCUUCACAACUUAUACAUAACCAAGGUAUCCUGAGUAUGCAUUCUAUUAAUUUGAAAGCUAAUAAUUGGGCUUGUAUUAAAGCGGCCCUUGCAGGUGGUCUUUAUCCUAAGCUCUGUAUGAUAAAUUACAUUGAUGGCGAUAUUAAAUCAAAGUCAACAAAAUUAUGCCUGGAUAUAACCUCACUUUUGCAAUCAUCAAACCUUCAAACAUUUAAUUCAUCAACUUUAUCAGAGUGGAUUGUUUAUUUCACUGAAACGAAUCAUACAACCCUGAAUAGUAUAUCAAUUUGUACUUUAAUAAACUCAGCUACUGUAAGCCUUUUUGCUGGAAAAAUAGAAAUGAACGUUAAAAAUGUAUGUUUCGAUAAAGGUCAUCCAGGAUACUUUAUAGACGAGAAUAUUUGGCUUAAAACUGAUUUUCAAAGUGCAUUGUUAGCUUUUAAACUACGUGAAAGGUUUUACGAAUGUUUUAUGGAGUAUCUCCAAAAUUGUACAAACAUCGAAAAAUGGAGAAAACCAAACGAUAUUUUUCAGGUUGUCGAUGUCAUCAGUAAAAUACUUUUCGAAGAGGAUAAAAACGCAGGAUUUCCACAGCCAACCCAUAUUGGUCACCGACCCAAAGCAAUUACAAAUAAAUUUAUUAGAAAAAUUGAAGUUCACAGUAACUGUAACAAUUUCGAUUUAAAAAAUAAAGUAAUCGAAGGGAAAGCAGCACCACUUCUCAAUAAUGCCUUCAUGGAAGAAGAAUUCUUCUUGAUAAAUAUAUUUGAUUCAUGUGAAUCCCUAAAAUCAUUUUGGAAACUACCUAUAACGAAUUUAAUAAAUAAUCCACAAUUAAAAGCAGUAAGUCAUAUUGCUUCCAAAGAUAAACUGGCAUAUGUUCUGGUUUGCAGUGCGACUCGAAAAUGUAUUACCCAUAUUGCUCUCAUACAAUUUCAAGACGGGGAGUUUAUGUUUAAGAACUGCUUUCAAGUAAAUAUACCACAACACGAAGUCAUGUUCAACUGCGUAUUGGAAGAGCUUAGUGAAGGAGAAAAUGUGAAAUUUAAAGAAAUUUCGAGGCUUUUUGUGUUAGUUUGACCAAAAACGGCAGCAUUGCAAAGAAGGAGAGCUUUAUGGACGAUAACCAACGAUGGCUUCACUUUAAUUUUUUUUUGCAAGUUCGUAGACCAGAACAUGAGCUUCUGUUUGAUGAUGAAAGAAAGAAAAUUUUUCUAGAGAACUUCAGGCAAAAAAUGGGACUUCUGAUGGACAAAUCAAACCUGGUGAUGGCACAACAAAUGAUGUCAAUACUAAUCGGCGUUCUUUUUCGAAUCCAAAGUUGAGUUCCGAAAUAAUCCGUGUAGAUAAGGAUUUCAUUUUUAAAUUUGCAUUAAUUUUGACAACACUCGCUGCUGGUCGAGAAAUAAAUAUGGACACAUUUGAAGAACUUAUUCUUGGAAGAAAAAAUCUUUAUCUUUCGAAGUACAGCUGGUACCUACUGUAUGCCUAGCAGUGUAUAUAAACUUUUACUCCAUGCAAAAAACAUAAGGUUGUUUUGAUUUACCUAUACCUAGGUGUUCUUUCGAUAGAAGCGUUGGAAGGAAGGUACAAAAAAAUAAGGAAAGCUAGAAAGCGAUGUUGAACUCAAUUACCGACUUGAUUAACCAUUUGCUUAUAACGUCAGACCUUUAUAUUUAAAGCAUCACAUCUAGUGCUGAAUUUCAAUUCUCAAAAAGUGACCCAAAUAUAAAUUUUACUUGGUUAACAAUAGUUAAAUUGCUGAAUUACAAAGGAGUUCUUAGUAGAUCUUAGUAAUAUGCAUAAUUCUUCCGAAAGUGAUGGUGAUUACUUUAUGAAUAGAGGUAUGAAUUUGUUUAAAUAUUUAUUUAGCUAUUAAAAUAAUGCAAUCUAGAUAGCAAAACAUAUGCAAACAAUUAUAAAUAAAAAUUAAAAUAAAACAAGUUCGCUGCUCAGCUCUUUUAAAUAAAAUAUUUUACAUUUAUAUGUUUUAGUGCAUCAAUUUCUUUCUUUUUAGGUUGCAAUCAUAGAAAUAAGUGCUAAAAUACUAUUUCAAGUAUAUUUGGCUGAAUUUCUUAUUUUAUUCCCAAGAUAUUAAUUUUGCCGUUUUUCCCAUACACUCGUUCCACUGUGCGUUUAGAGAGCUCCCGUUCUUUUGAACUUUUUCUCAGAGAAUAUGCUAGUUAAUCGACAGCGCUUUUCUCUUAAAAUAAAACAAGUUCGCUGCUCAGCUCUUUUAAAUAAAAUAUUUUAGAUUUAUAUGUUUUAGUGCAUCAAUUUCUUUCUUUUUAGGUUGCAAUCAUAGAAAUAAGUGCUAAAAUACUAUUUCAAGUAUAUUUGGCUGAAUUUCUUAUUUUAUUCCCAAGAUAUUAAUUUUGCCGUUUUUCCCAUACACCCGUUCCACUGUGCGUUCGGAGAGCUCCCGUUCUUUUGAACUUUUUCUCAGAGAAUAUGCCAGUUAAUCGACAGCGCUUUUUCCAUUUGAAUUUUGGCAAAGAGGAAAAAAAAUUUUUAGUGAAAAUGAUAAUUCCCUUCGGAUGAAAAUCACAAUAGCUUUUAAAAUUCUGGGCGAACUAAAAUAUUUCGGGUGGAAAAAUUUCCACAUGAAUCUCACAUUAGGGCUGAAUAAUGUAUAUAGUCACUCCAUCUGACCACUUAAACAGUCACAAAUAGCUAUUUUUACUAUUUAAAAUAUAUAUUUGUCCCGAUUUAAACUAUGAAAAUAGUUUUAAAAAAAUAGUAACAUAUGUGACUAUUUUUUUUCUCUGAGUGCGAUUCUAUAAAAAUUUGUUUCGAAAGGCCCUGAUUUUUCAUACCCCUACUUCAGAUUCAAAUAUCUGCUCGAAUAUAAUAUAUAAAUAUAAGCUCGAACAUAUUUGAGUUGUGUUGAUUCUGUUAGUUCGAGAUCGUUUUUUUUCGAGUAAGUACUCGAUGUUCGUAAACAAUACUCGACUCGUUUGGUUCUCUGACUCCGACCGAGAAAAACGGGGUUGCACUCACACACUUGCAACUUUUUGUGUAUGGACACAAAGUCGAAGGAGAAAUCGUGGUGAAAAAACCAAUACACAUAAAAUCGUCUCCGCGUUGAUUCUAAUUUCCAUACUAAUUUGAGCCGCCUUCGGACCAGUUUCUGGCUCGAAGUCGGACCUGUUUGCUUGAAGGGUUAACCGUCUUUAUUGUCAAUUCCUCAUCUAUGUCAUUUAUGCAAGUCAUUUUUUUGUCUAUCGAGUCCUUUGUUAAUUUAAAUAAAAAAAGUUUCUCGUGAUUAUAGGUCACAUGACCUCUCAAAUAAGAAAAAAAGUAAAAAUACUUAGUUUUUUAAAGCCUUUUAUAAAAAUUAAUAUUCGUAUUAAUAAAUUAAACUGCUCUUGGCGGUAUUUUAAAACUUUUGUUUCAUUUCCCGAGAAAAUUUUAACAUUCUUUAAAAAACUAACUAAUAAUAUAGUUAACUACCUACUUAAAGGUAUUCUACAAAAUGGCGUCUUCGACAUCGCCAUCAGAAGAAUUUUCUACUUCGAGUUGUGGACUCUGCAACGAGAUUGAUAAUCCAGAUAUGGUGCAAUGUGAUAAUUGUCACUUU